GUUUCGAUAUAGACGUAGAGACUACGUCUGAGUUUCGAUAAAACCUCUUACCAGAGCAUGCGUGAUGAAGCAGUCGAGUCGUGAUAAGCGAACCGACAAGCACGAUUUCGAAACCUCAGAGCUGAUUGUCGAACGUGUCGUUAUUGUCUUUUUGUUAUCGCGCGUGGAGUGUUUUGCUCGUUUUUUCUGUUGCUGGUAACUUAAGACAGAAUUUGCACGGAGUAUUUUAUUUAAUACUUUAGUCAACAGUUAAUCGGUUUAACUACACGCGAUUGUCGCGGUAUGUGAGUGCGUGACGCGCGUAGGCAAAAGAAUUUCUUUUAAAUUCCCUAGGAGAGAGAAGGGAACACAUAAAAGAAGAAGAAAAACAAAACAGAGAGAGAGAGAGAGAGAGAAAAGACGAAGUAUCUUAGUAAAAUGAAGUACGUAGCAGCGCUUGAUGUUGGUACUACUACAAUUCGCUUUCACCUUCUGGACGAAAAUGCGACUACAAUUGCUUUAUCGGCAGAGAAGGUAGAACUGAUUUAUCCAAGUCCUGGUUUUGUAGAAAUAGAUCCUGAUCGUCUUUGGCAGGGAAUAAUAAAAGUAAUCAAGAAUACAUUAGAUGAGAGCGGCAUUGAUCCAAAGUCUAUCGUUUCUCUUGGAAUUUCGUCACAGCGUGCCAGUUUUAUUACGUGGGACUUAAAAACUGGUAAACAUUAUCACAAAUUUAUAACAUGGAAAGAUCAACGAGCGGCCAAACUGGCCGACGAAUGGAAUCAGUCACUGACAAUGAAAGGAUUGCGAAUGGCUUCGCAUAUUUUAUAUAUGCUUACUAGAAAUCAGCGAUUUUUAUGCGGCAGCGUAUUGAAAUUCAUGAACAUGGAGGUUACCAUGAAACUAGUUUGGGCUCUUCAAAAUAUACCGGCACUACGAGAAGCCGUCGCUAACGGAGAAGCGGCAUUCGGUGGCGUGGAUUGUUGGCUUUUGUACAAAUUAACAGGAAAACAUGUGAUGGAUGCUUCGUGCGCUUCCGGCACUGGUAUAUUCGAUCCAUUUACAAUGCAAUGGGCCGAUUGGGCGUUAAAUCUGCUGAAAAUACCCCGCAACAUUCUUCCAGAAGUUGUAGACACAAUAGGCGACUUUGGAGUCACUCCCAAAGAUUUGUUCGGAACUGAAAUUCCUAUUUGUUGCUCGAUGGCCGAUCAGUCAGCAUCUUUAUUUGGUUCAGGAUGCUUUAAUCCCGGUGAUCUUAAGAUCACCAUGGGCACAGGCACUUUUCUAAACGUCAAUACAGGACGGAUUCCACACGGAUCUGUUGCUGGACUUUAUCCUGUUGUCGGAUGGCAAAUUGGAAAAGAAAUUGUAUAUAUCGUAGAAGGGUGUUCAAGCGACACUGGUAUACUUCUCGAAUGGGCUAAGUCGCUAGGAAUCGUGAAUGAUGUUUGUGAAACAUCUGAUAUGGCUAAUUCGGUUAAUGACAACGAUGGAGUAUAUUUUGUUCCAGCUUUCAGCGGAUUGCAGGCUCCUAUUAAUGAUUAUACAGCUGCAACUGGUUUCUUAGGAUUAAAACCAACUACAAGAAAAGAGCAUAUUAUUCGAUCUUUACUGGAGAGUCUUGUUUUCAGGACACAAUUACUACACGAAUGUCUACGUAAAGAAACGGACUUUUCUUAUCGGAAGUUAAGAAUCGAUGGCGGAGUUUCCAAAAACGAUUUUAUCAUGCAAUCACUGGCUAAUUUAACGGAAUUGGAAGUUGAACGUUCGGUAUCUGUUGAAAUGUCUAUCUUAGGAGUAGCUUUCUUAGCUGGUUUACAAUGUGGUUUGUGGAAAAGUAGAGAAGAAGUGUCGAAACUUCGCCAAAUAGAUAGAAUAUUCAAGCCAGACAAAACAUCGCGAUCAUCUUGUCAAAAAGCAUUUGACCAGUGGAAACGCGCGGUAGAGCGCUUUAAAAAAUGGUACUGACAAACAGUUUUAAAUAUAAGGGACCAAGUUAUUUGUUUUCUCGAUAUUAGAAAUUCUUAAUGUUUCUACAAUAAAUUUUUAUACAUUUUUAUAUUGAAAUACUGAUCAAUCAUUGUUGAAGAUUGAAAAUUAGCGUUAAAAGAAUUUGUCUAAUUAUAAUAUUAUAAUAUUAAUCAUCAUACUUUACGUUAAAGUAUAAUAGUUUUGUUGUUUGUAUAUAUCAUAUCUGGAGGCGGAAGUGAAUUUGUGAGAAAUAAAUAAAUAUAAGAAAUAAAAUAAAACUUUGAUAUAUGAGGCGAUAUAUUUAAGUUAUUAAAUGAUUAUUACAAUGAGCAAUACCGGGUGUCUAGUGCCGAUUGACAAAUCGUUUCGUCGAGGAAACCUUCGAGACUCGUCUCUGAAAAUUUCUUCUCUUUUCAAAUUAUUAAACCGUUGAUCGCAGGUGAAAGCAAAAUAUAUAGAAAAGUUUUGAACGCUGCUUACAAGUCAUAUGUAUAUAAUAAUAUUUGUCGCUUGUUGAAACAACCGCUGUCUUGAUAACCAACAUCGUUAACGAUUUAACGCUUUCCGUUUAAGUUAAAUUACGCAAACAUGUUUAAUACAAAUAUAUAUAUAUAUAUAUA